GAUGACUGAUCCGCACUGAGAGGAUGCUAUCGAUCAGGCUUGCAGAUGCUUUCCCCUCCAGUUUGAUAAACGUGCCGAUGUGCGCGAUUAGACUGUUUCUGCUCUUCAUUGGCUGAUUGGAUUGAAGGUAAUGUGAGCAGCGGCCGCACACUGCAUGGGAAAGCCGAGUCACCAAUGCAGAACCCCUCAGCGCUGUUCGGAAUGGUCAGCCACUGUCAGACCCCGACUUUCACAGACUUCACCGGCCUGUCGCUCGCCGUGUACGGCAGCAAGGCGGACAUCUGUAUGCGGCGAGCCGGCAGCGGUGGUUUUGGAUCUCAGAUUUGCCGGAGCUCCCAUGACACCCCGACUCACAUGGACUGCGGGAGCCCGAAGAGACUCAUCGCGCCCGAGGAAAAGGCGCAUCUGUCAGCCAAAGCCCCGCGCCCGUGCCAUCCUCUCCCACCCGCGCAAGUGAAUGGGGCCUACUGCUCAGAGAAGAAUGUAGACGCUGAGCUGGGUGACGCUGAGGGCGCUCUGAUGCGAUGUGGGCAGAGCUUGCCACUGCUGGUGGGGGGUCAUUUAGGGGGGCUUUAUACCCAGAGCCUCCCCUGCGACAGACCUACGGCUGACCUCCUUAUGCAGGACGGCCCUCACCAAGACACCAGAUCCUCCUCUGGCUUCCAGAGGACCCUGCCGGGGGCCUCACCUGGGCUGUGCUGCGGCAGUGCCAACGGGGCUCACUCCUCUCUCCCUUACUCAAUCAAACAGGAGAACACAAUGGGCUACAAGAUCUCCAACACAGGGUCCAGGGUCCACAGCACGUCUCAGGCCGGGUUUCAAAACUGUAGGGCAGGCCAAGUUUUGGGGUUGACAAGGGACGAGAUAGUUGGAGCCCCGCACGUUAGCAACAACGGUAGUGGCGUGUGCACAGUGAACGGUGUAGGUAGUGCUGUGUCAGGGGACGCAGUGCAACCGUUUAAUAAUGAAGAUGGCUCCUCCCCUCUGGCUUUGUCCCCAACUGGCUCCCGUCAUUCAGCGCGGCUGCUCAGUGCUAGCAGUCUGAAGAGACGCUGCCUGUCCCUGGCCUCACAGUCCACCGCCGCUGCUGGCAGCAUUGCUGCCACAGGUUCCCCAUCAGCUACUGGCGCUGCUUCCGAGGAGAUCAAUAUCACCGCCAUCAUCUGCUCCUCCUCCCAGAUGUCGAUGGUUGCUUGCGUCAACGGGUUCCGCACUAACCUUUCGCCCAACCACGCCAGCAGUGCCGGCUUCUCCUCCUCUUCCUCCUCCUCUUCUACAUCCCCACCCUCUAACUCCUGCUCACGGGAAGCCCCCCAGAGGCCCCCACCACACGGCAGCCCCAAACAGGCCACGCUACAGGAAAGCUGUCAGCUGUCCUCACCUGCCACCUGCCUGCUGUCCCUUUCCUCCUCCUCCUCCUCCUCGUCCUCCUCUUCCGUGUCAUCAGUGGAGCCGGAGCAGGGCCAGAGCCAGGGGCUGUGUGAGGAGCAGGGCUCCAUGCUCCAGGGGCGUGGGGCUGGAGGAACAGCUGGGGGAGGUGUGGGAGGAGGAGGAGGAGGAGGAGGAGGCCCGGACGGGUUGGGGCUACUGAUGAAUGGGGCCCUGAUGUCUGGGAUGCUGCAUUCGGGGCCUGAAGCUGGGGCUCUCCUGGACGGAGGCCAAAGAUCUGCCCUCAAGCAGGAGCCCCUGGACGAUUUUUCUCCCAGUGAAGAAGAACUCUUUCAGCACCACUAUCAUCAUCACCAUCACUUGAGUGGUCGUAGCGGGCACCUUCGCCACCCUCAUCACCCCUCUCGCCCCGCUAUGCCUCCGCCCUAUCACCUGCACCAAUACGUGGGGCCCAGCCCUGGGGGCCUGCUGCACCACCAGAGCCAGCAAACAGCACCACCCUCUUCCCUGGGACUCAAACAAACCUCUGGGGGCCCACCGGGGUCUCACACAGCCCCAGAGCGCGAAGAAAUCGGAGGAGGAGCACUGGGCGAUAAGCAAGUGUGUCGCUGGAUUGACUGCAGUGCUGCUUACGAGCAGCAGGAGGAGCUUGUGAGGCACAUUGAGAAAGUCCACAUCGACCAGCGCAAAGGUGAGGACUUCACCUGUUUCUGGGCUGGCUGCAUUCGCCGCUACAAGCCCUUCAACGCUCGCUACAAGCUGCUCAUUCACAUGAGAGUCCACUCCGGAGAGAAACCCAACAAGUGUAUGUUUGAGGGCUGUAACAAAGCGUUUUCACGUCUGGAGAACCUGAAGAUCCACCUGAGAAGCCACACAGGAGAGAAGCCGUACCUAUGCCAACACCCUGGCUGCCAGAAAGCUUUCAGCAACUCCAGUGAUCGCGCCAAGCAUCAGCGCACUCACCUGGACACGAAACCGUACGCAUGUCAGAUCCCUGGCUGUACCAAGCGCUACACAGAUCCCAGCUCCCUACGCAAACAUGUCAAGAUCCACUCGGCCAAAGAGCAACAGGUGCGUAGAAAGCUUCGGCCCUGUCCUCAUCUGGAGCAGGACGUCCUGAGUGACUGUCUAUCCAUGCAGCACCUACCGAGCUCCACCUCCUCGCAGCACCUCUACAACGGCAAAGAUGGCCGAUCACCUGGACUGGGCCAAGAUAUCUUCACAGGCCUGUACACUGGCUCCAGCACACCCCACCACAGCGCCUCAGUGGAGCUCCUCUCCCCUACCCCUAACCCCACCUCUGCCACUGACCUGCCUUCCCGACAGCACCGAAUGGACCGGGACCUCGGCAGCCCUCACCACCUGUCCCCGCUGGCUGCCAUGGAUGGCACGAGAGACGGGGUGUCAGGUCCCCUCAUGUCUCCAGGGAUGAAGGGAACAGGGACGCCCCCUCCUCCUCCUCCUCUGGAGAAACAGCACGUCCAUCCUCACCACAAAUCCUACUCUCACUAUCAUCACCAUCAGCCUGCCAACGACGAAUACCAAGGCAGCUUUCAGAGCUGCUUCCAUUUCGGAGACUCCUACAGGAUGGAGCAGACAGUCGGUGGUGUCCACGUCCCAGGAGAUUCUCACGCCUACACUUCCCAUCAGCACAAUGGCUUCCACAUGUCAACUAGCAACAGUGGCACGGCAGGCUUCAACUUGACCCAGGACCUGCAAGGUGGCGCAGGGUGCCAGUUCUCUUCCAGCCCGGAGGAGAGCAUUUUUUUCCAGGUGGGCAGCUUCGACCGCAGCCUGAGCCACAUGUCCUCCGUCUACACAGAGACAUAGAGCAACACUGGAGCAGGGCACGCUUCACCACACCUACUCUACUACUAUGCAGUCCAACUCCUUCCACACCCGUCUUAUCACACUUGGAUCACCUCUACUCUACUUCCUGUUCUUUUUUCAUAACUCACAUAGUUAAUCAAAAUAUAUUUUUUUAGCUCAUUCUGACCUACUUAGCUGCUGGAUAGAUGGGAAACCAGCAAGAUGAAUCAGACAUAAAAGUUUUAAAGGCAGUUUAGUAUACUAAAAUGUGAUUAACUGCAUACCUGACACUGUCUGACUGGUCAAGACACUUGUCUAAUAGUCCAAAUAGGUCAGAACAGUGGUUCCCAACCUUUCUGCUUUCAGACCCCUUAAAACAAGGAUGUUUAAUCACCAGUUCAGAAAGUGAAUUUUGUGAAUCAUUUUCCCAGAAGAAAUGUAUCUGGUAAUUCGUAAUAAGAUAAAGGGUUACUCACUAAGUUGAUAUUAUAAAAGAUCAGUGAGUUAUCUUGCAGAUUACUACUCAGCCUGAAAGUCUUCUGUGGAAGUGAAGAGUGCUGAGAAAAUAACCUUAAUACAGGAAUUGAGCUUGAGACUUUUUUUUUUUUACAGGAAGCCUGUGUUAUGAACUUGAAGUGGACGUGGAGUUUAAAAUAUGUGGGAAUUUACCAGGCAGGGAGGAUCUAAUGAAAGACACUGCAUUGCAUUAUGGGAAUUGUAGGAUCCAGUGCUUUUGGAGAUCAACCCAUAUUAGAGACUAAAAGUCUGGGUAUCUCAACCUCUGCUGCAUAAAUUUUGACAAUUCUGUUUUUAAUAUGUCCUCCAAGUUAAUGAAAGUGCAUGGCUAAUUCACUGGAAGGCCCCUUUAAUCGUGUUGUGACCCCUCAGAUUUGUCUUGUGAUUGCAUGUGGAGGCACCAAACUCCAGGUUGGGAACCACUGGGUUAGAGGGGCUUUAAAUACUGAAGAAGAAAGAUUAAAAUAAAAAUGGAAUCUGGUUUUAAUUUCUGAUUUUUACUCACUUAAAAUGAAGGAACGCCCUGAGUCAAAGAAAUUACAAUAAAUCUUCUUUUAUUAUUAUUAUUAACGUAAAAGAAAGCUUAAGAAUAAAGAUUUUUGUGCAUGUGCCCUUCAG